AUGAAUGCAUCAAUAAUUACUUGGUUGACACAACGAUGGCGUUUACUGUUAGUAAUUCUAACACCAUUGGUUUUACUUCCAUUACCGAUUCUUAUUAAUAAUCCUCAAGGACGAUGCGGUUAUGUUGUAAUUAUUCUCUCCAUAUAUUGGAUUACUGAAGCAAUACCUUUACCAGUUACUUCUUUAUUACCACUGAUCCUGUUUCCGAUGGCUGGUGUUUUAACUGCAGAAGUAGUGGCACCCCACUAUUUCAAAGAUAUUAUUGCACUUUUUUUCGGUAGUAUGGCAUUCGGUUAUGCUGUCGAAUCGGUUAAUCUUCAUCGUCGUAUUGCUCUAUUUGUUUUAAGUUGGGUUGGCACGGGAACUAAAUGGAUUAUGGCUGGUCUAAUGGGAGCAACAGCAUUUCUUUCAAUGUGGAUAAAUAAUACUGCAUCGACAUCAAUUAUGUUGCCCGUAACCUUGGCUAUCGUCGAUGAACUCAGUGUUUAUAACAAAAAUUCUCUUGAUAGACGACAAAGAUUUCUUCUUGCCAUAGCUUAUUCAUCAUCUAUCGGCGGACUAUCUAGUUUAGUUGGUACUACACCCAAUAUUUAUCUUAAAGGUUUUAUAGAUAGUAAAUACAAUGGUACUAACUUUCGUAUAAACUUCCUCAAUUUUCUACUAUUUGCUUUACCGGUUGGAAUAUUAAUGCUUAUAUUCUGUUGGUUAUGGUUACAGCUGUGUUAUAACAGAAAAGAACUAUUUCAAUGUCGACCUUCUGUUGAAACACGUAAAUCUCAAGUUAAGCUGAAGGCAUUACUAACGAAACAAUAUAGAGACCUUGGACGACCGAAAUGGAGUGAACUCAGCGUAGGUAUUAUAUUCAUUAUAUUGAUUGUUCUAUGGAUAACAACCCAUGUCAUACAAACCGCUUUAAAACCGUCAGUUAACCGCAGUUUACCGUCCGCUUCAACGCCCAUUUGA